CCACGUGUGCGAAGUGCUGUGAUGGAAGUCAAAGGGAAGAAAAAAAUUACAGGAAAGAGUCCACAGACAUCACAAGGAAAGAAUAAAUUUCAUAAAAACAGUGAGUCUAGUUCUGCAAAGGCAUUCCCAAGGAAAGCUGCUAAGGAAGGCGGGCCUAAAGUCACAUCUAAGAACUUUGAGAAAGGUGCCACAAAACCUGGCAAGAAGGGUGUGAAGCAGUUCAAGAACAAGCCACAAGGGGGCAAAGGACCGAAGGACAAAUUCCAGAAGGCAAAUAAAUUCAACAAGAAGCGGAAAUUCCAGCCAGAUGGGAAAAGUGAUGAAUCAGCAGCCAAGAAACCCAAGUGGGAUGACUUCAAAAAGAAGAAGAAAGAGCUGAAGCAGAACAGACAGCUCAGUGAUAAGACCAAUUACGACGUCGUGGUUCGAGCAAAGCACAUUUGGGAGAGCUUGAGAAGAAAAGACUGUGACAAAGAAAAAAGGGUGAAGCUCAUGAGUGAUUUGCAGAAGCUGAUUCAAGGAAAAAUUAAAACUAUUGCCUUUGCGCAUGACUCAACUCGAGUGAUCCAGUGCCUCAUUCAGUAUGGGAGCGAGGAGCAGAGGAAGUGGGCUUUCGAAGAAUUGCAAGGUGACUUGGUUGAAUUAAGUAAAGCCAAAUAUUCCAGGAAUAUCGUUAAGAAAUUUCUCAUGUAUGGAAGUAAACCACAGAUUGCGGAGAUAAUCAGAAGUUUUAAAGGUCAUGUGAGGAAGAUGCUGCGGCAUUCAGAGGCAUCGGCCAUUGUGGAGUAUGCGUACAACGACAAAGCCAUUUUGGAACAGAGGAACAUGCUGACAGAGGAGCUCUAUGGGAACACAUUUCAGCUUUACAAGUCAGCAGAUCACCCAACGCUGGAAAAGGUGCUAGAGGUGCAGCCAGGGAAGCUAGAACUUAUCCUGGAUGAGAUGAAGCAGAUUCUGACUCCCAUGGCCCAAAAGGAAGCUGUGAUUAAGCACUCACUGGUUCAUAAAGUAUUCUUGGACUUUUUUACCUAUGCACCCCCAAAACUUCGAUCAGAACUAAUUGAAGCCAUCCGGGAAGCAGUGGUGUACCUGGCCCACACACACGAUGGCGCCAGAGUGGCCAUGCAUUGCUUGUGGCAUGGUACACCCAAGGACAGGAAAGUGAUUGUGAAAACAAUGAAGACGUAUGUGGAGAAGAUUGCUAAUGGCCAGUACUCUCACCUGGUUCUCCUGGCAGCGUUCGAUUGUAUUGAUGAUACCAAGCUUGUGAAGCAGAUAAUCAUAUCAGAAGUCAUCAGCUCCUUGCCCAGCAUCGUUAAUGACAAAUAUGGAAGGAAAGUCCUGCUGUACCUGCUGAGCCCCCGAAACUCCGCCCACUUGGUGCCAGAGAUCAUCCAGCUGCUGCAGAAGGGCGACGGCAAUGCACACAGUAAGAAGGACACUGCAAUCCGCCGGCGUGAGCUCUUGGAGUCCAUCUCUCCAGCUUUGCUAAGCUACCUGCAAGGACACACUCGAGAGGUGGUGCUGGACAAGUCUGUAUGUGUGCUGGUGUCUGACAUCCUGGGAUCUGCUACUGGGGACGCUCAGCCUGCUAUGGAUGCCAUCGCCGGUUUGGCAGCAGAGGAACUGUAUCCUGGGGGCAAGGACGGAGAGCUCCACAUUGCUGAGCAUCCUGCAGGACAUCUGGUCCUCAAAUGGUUAAUAGAGCAAGAUAAAAAGAUAAAAGAAAAUGGAAAAGAAGGUUGUUUUGCAAAAACCCUUGUAGAGUGCUUUGGUGUGAAGAACCUCAAGUCCUGGGCCAGCAUCAACCGAGGAGCCAUCGUUCUUUCCAGCCUUCUUCAGAGUUGUGACCAGGACGUUGUAAACAAAGUCAAAGCUGGACUGAAAACCCUGAUUCCUACCUUGGAAAAAACCAAAAGCACCAGCAAAGGCAUCCAGACUCUGCUUGAGAAGUUGACUGCAUAGGCGUGCCAGAUGAGCAAGCUGGAACCCACUUCCCGAGGGGAAGGGUGGAAUCUGUCACACUCAUACCUGGAUGCCCUAUGCAUGUACUUGUUAAAGGACCUAUUUAUAUAUAAAAUUGUAAAAGAGAAAAAAAAA